CCUGCCAAAGCCCGUAGUCGCGUUGUCCCACACAGCACGAGCAAACGGUUGUCGUUUUCAGCACGGGACUGAUCCUGCACCCUCUUACUGCAAUAUGGCGACAGAGUUUCACAACCUUCAGGAGCUGAGGCACAGUGCAUCGCUGGUCACAAAGGUGUUUGUACAGAGAGACUACAGCGAAGGAACCAUCUGCCGCUUCCAGACCAAGUUCCCCUCAGACCUGGACAACAGGAUUGAGCGAACCUUGCUCGAGGAGACAGUGAAGACGCUGAACUCUUACUAUGUGGAGGCCGAAAGAAUUGGAGGUCAGUCGUACCUGGAAGGAUGUCUGGCUUGUGCAACAGCUUAUAUUGUCUUCCUCUGCAUGGAGACGCGCUAUGAGAAGGUGCUGAAGAAGAUAUCAGGCUACAUCCAGGAGCAGAAUGAGAAGAUCUACACUCCGAGAGGUCUGCUGCUCACAGACCCCGUAGAGAGAGGAAUGAGGGUUCUGGAGAUCAGUGUGUUUGAAGACCGGGGCUCAGGCAGCUCCAGUCCCAGCAGCAGCAUGUCGUCGGCAGGCAGCGGCGCUCGGUGACUGGAGGGGCAGCGCCAGGCUUACGGGUACAACCACAGGGGCAGCGGGACGCUUACCAACAUCCGCAUGCUGAAACAUGAGAGCACCAGGUUCUAAGACAAGUGGACGGCAAAAAGGCAAGGAGGUGAUCCACAGCAUUCACACUCUCCCUGCUGCGGCUUACGACGUACCACCUCGAGAACAGGAGCUGGCUUACACAAACACACUGGAUAACAGAAUAAGCAACAGAACCCACACAUAGACAGCAGUCACAUGUAAAAGCCAGAGUGUCUGUGAGGGAAUAUAUUUCACUCUCCAACAGCUAUCCAAACCAAAAUAAUCACGAUUUAUUUUGUUCCUACUUUUCUGUUCACCUUGUCUCUCACUCCAUCAAGUCUGUUGUUUCCAUGAGUCACAGCAUUUCCGUCCUAUGGCUGAUUCAUUAGGCUUACCUUUGUUUUCAGGGCAGUCACUGUCACUAUGUCUAUCUGCUGACGCAUUGGCAGGCUAUAGUCUUGAAGGAGGAAGACACCCAGCCUCCUGGGAGACCCAAUGUUCUCAGGUCUUGCUGAAUGAUUGCAUUUAUGUCAGGCGGUUGGGGUAAAGCCGCUUUGAAUGCUGGCAAAUUGGGCCCGCUGUGGGACCGCUCAGUUCUAUGCUCUGUUCACAUGCAUUUGGCUUCAAUAUCAAACAGCUAACAGAGAGCACCUUGGAUGAUUUAUCCUUCUCAUUCACAGCACUGGAUAUUAGUGAUCCACAUCACAGCUGUAGGUCACACUCCUACACACACACACACACAAAUGUACAGAACCGUGCCAAGUAUACAGACAUUCACAUACAGACACUAGCAACACUAUGCACACACAUGCAUAUAUAUACACACACCAGUGGCUAGUGGCCAUGUAUUCCUGCACACAGAUUCUGGCAGACGUGGAGUUGGAGUCGACCUAGCCAAACAAUAUUCUCUGUGGUCUCAGCUCAUUGGGAAUGCAAGCAAACAUGUACAUGUAUCCAGUGUGUUGUGAAUGUGUCUGUGCCAUCAAUCCCUGUCUUUCCUAGUGUGAGAUGAGAGCUUGCUAAUCAUUAAGGGAGACAUCAAAAAGCAUGUGUCAGUGUCCAAAAUGAGAACUGAACACACUGACACAUUUGGUUUCGGGGAAAGAAAAUUGUGUGUGUUGUUAUCUCUUCAGCUGUUUAAUGAAUGUUACCAGUAUGACUGUUAAAGACUGGUGUGUGUAGGAGAAUACCUCAAUUAGACAUCAAGAAAUAGACAUCUAGAACAUAGUUUUUAUUUGACAUGCACACAAUAGGAUUGGGAAAUACAGGAAGAUGUUGCAGAAGAAGAUUUUAUAUUUCAAAUGUCUCUAUCAUCAAUGUCUCUCAUCAUCCUCAUUUGUCAGUUUUGUAUCAUCAGAAAUUUAAGGGGUGACUUUUCAUGACAUUUUGUCAGUGAAACACAGUUGUAGCUCCCUCUAGGGUCAGACUGAGGAAGUUCUGAACAUCUGAAAGUAAAAUCAUUAGAAAUGCUGAAUGUAAAGACAAAGAUAACAGACUAAUAUCAUUUCUAGCUCCUUAGUGAAACCUUAUAUUCAUCUAAAACUACUUAUUCACAUUAUCGCACUGCCCUGCAGGUUCCUUUCUAGUACGAUGUCUUGAGUAAACUCUCAAGACAAUGCAGCCUGAGGAGCAUAAAUUCUGUCUCUCUUUGUGUUAAAAACAGUGCAUCCUGUCUGGCUUCUGUGUGUGUGGAGGCACAGGACACAAAAGAUGAUCGUUAUGUUGGAAAAAUGUAGAAGCCAGUCGACAGCACUCACACACAUACACACACACACACACACACACACAAAACGUCUAACCAAAGACGGGAACUGAAAAGCUAAAUCCCUGUUUUAGUGUCUGCAUUUUUUUUUUCUGUUCCCACAGUUUCUGUCUCCUUCUUUAUUUUUCCAAAUUCAGUUUUGUUUUCUUUCAACUCGCGUCAUAACAUGAUCUCUAAAUCAACUCUGGGAGUGUAGCCCUUUGCCUCUUCUUUAGCCACAGUUAGCGUUGCGCCAAACCCUCAGCAGAGCCUCUGCCUUGCAACUAGCCAUAGUUUAAUUUCAACUCGAGUUUUUAGUUCCUGGAUGUUAGAGAGGAACUGACAAAGACCACAGCAGUUGAGUUUAGUUGUGCUUGUGUUCAGCCUCCUGUUCUUUUUGAUGCCUUCAUGUUUCAUCCCAGUGGAAAUGGAUACCCAACCUGGAGCUGAUGGACUGACCAGUUAUAAUAAACUGACUCAACACUGCCAAUUAGCGGAUAAAGGAGCUCAUUGGACAAUGUAUAAAGAAAAAGAAACAAUGAGUGUGUACAGGUGAAGAAUUGCACUGUACAUGCUUGUCAAUUACUCAUGCUGAGAUUGUGAAGUGUAAAGAAGAAGAUGGAAAUGCCAUAAUGCUAUUUAAUUUCAAAUCGUCACUGUUGCCCAAUUUUAUUCCCUAAAUACAUUUUUAAUGUUUUGAUAUCCUCUAUAUUUUGGGCAUCAUGUGACAGAGCAGCUAAAGCAUAUCGUCUGUACAGCUGUGAGUUGCUGUUUAUCUUCUGUAAAAUGAAGAUAAUGUUUAAUUCUGUCCUAAAUAAUGGUGAUAAUGUAGCUUAUGAUAUUGUCAGUAAUCAGAACAAUGUCAGUUGUUAUUGUGGAGGUAAACAGAGGGGUGAUGAUGAUGAUGCUCAGGGGGAAAGUUUGGAAUGUGCCAAAUCCAAAGGUUAAAGGUCUUAAGGGAUACGUUCACAUUUUUACCCAAGCUAACGGCUCGAAUGUUGGCACAGUUGGUGUGAACUCCAAAUAUACAUUGAAAGAGGAGGUACAAUAACAGAAGGAAUGUUUACAACGAAUAACUCUUUCAAAGGCUCUUUAAAUGAAUAUAUGGGUGUGUGAGUAGUUUACUGUCGAUGAACUAAAAACAAAUCUGAAUCUAUCGUUCACGGCCAAGGUGAAAAAGAAGCACUGUGUGACAAGUUAUUAGGCGUUAUGUAGCUUGUUCUUUUAAGAACGACUUCUUUGAUUAAUGAUGACAACCAAGGGAGUGAAGAUUAAGACAUAAAAUGUAUUCUUGUAAAAAAAGAUGUGAAUUGAGAUAUUUGUGUACUAUCACAGAGAAGAUUAAACGUUGGGUCCUUGAGCCUCUAUCAUGCUGACUGUUAAGAUAACCUCUGUGCCAACAGUUUAGAGGAGAGGCGGACACAUAAAACUUGUUGGCCAACUGAUGAUGUAUAGUCCAUUUCUGUAUGUAAAUUCCCACAUUUCCUAUAUUUAUCUUGUACUGUAUUUGAGAGUGCAGCAAGUCCGUUCAGACUUGUGGAGUCAUCAGUACUGUAUGUAUGUUAUGCUGUUGUAAGUGAGGGAUCAUGCACAGUGCAAUAUGAUGUCUUCCUAAAAAUGUAAAUGAUGAUGUUGCUUUAAGUCCUUGGGGAGACAAAAGCUGCAUUGAUGUUAGAUGCUGCAUGAUGUGUCUGUAAACAAAGCGAGUGCCAGAUGACAAGAAGUGAAAUCCCUAAUCAACAAAGUCCCUCGGUUGUGCUGCUAAGAGAGAGGAAUUUAUAUCUUAUCUUGAUGCUAUUUAUGUGUUUACAUCAGAUAAUUCAUAUAUUAUUGAAUUGGAUUUAUGUAUUUUUGUUUUCUCAAAGCUGAUUAUUAUUCAGAGGCUGUGGAGAGGAGUUUCACUUGCCUCCAAGAGAUGAAUAAAGUGUAAUGAAGUUGG